AUGGAUGAUGAAGAAGAUAAAAAGAAUAGAAAAAGAUAUAGAAAAUUAAAUGACUUUUUUAAUGAUAAUUAUAAGAAAAGAGGUGAAGAUAUUUCAUCAAAUAAUGAAAAGAAUAGAGGAGAUAAUAAAUGUAAAAUAAAAUAUCAAGCUAAAAGAUUAUUCGAAGAGAAACUAACAUCAGCAUUGUUUAAUCCACCAAGAAAUAACAUCUUACCACCACAACAACCAAUACAAGAAAUUAGAUCAUUAAAACAAAUAAUAAUUAAUCCACAACAAAAGAAGAAAAAGAAGUCUACCAAGAAAAUAGACUAG